AUGCCGCGGCGGAUUGCGGCCCCAAAGGUUGCCAUGAUUGCGACCCAGGGUGCAAAACUCCUCCAUUCAAAUGCCCCCCAGGCGAGGCUGUAUACCGAGGCGAUUCCUUUCCCCCCAAUACUUGUUGGACAUGCUGCAGGGUUGGAUGAAAGUAAAGGUCCCAGGUCGGAACCCUCGUGCAAGGACGAACACCGAACUGCAGCUUGA